AUGAAGUCUGAUUAUGAGAAUCUUUCUGCUAUUUGGUGGACGCCAUUCCUCAAGUAUGGUGGAAUUACCUUGUUCCAAAUUGCGGUCUUGUGCGUGGGAUCAGAGAUCCACCGAGAUGUUAAGUUGUCUAGCCCCGAUUUACAGCAAUGCUUCCGUGCUCACUCGCAGGCCAUGGUAAACUUCGCCGUCAUCAUGGCCCUGGCCGAGUGGUACGCUUCCAUCGUUGUGGUAACCCUCGACGGACCUUUCAUCAUCAUCCCCUAUGUCUUCAUUGCCCAGCUUUUCGUCACGAUUCUUUACUUCCUUCUUCCCUUCGAGUACUACGAUAUGGACGUCGAGGAAGAAGAGCGGGCGCAAGACCAAGACGGGGAGAAGAUGCCCAUGAUGGAUGAAGACGAAGAUCUCGACAGGCUUGAGUCUCUCUAUUCUUCAUCCGGCAGCGUUGUCUCAAUCCCCCGAAACGACAAGUCUGGAGUUUCUGGCUACGGGACUAUGGAAAAAUUUCGGCAGAUGCCCCGUCCUGGAAACUCUAGUCCCGUCUAG